AUGCAGCAUCUUCAUUCUGGGCGGCCGGGAGGUAAGGAGGUGAGGAGGCCAGCUGUGGGGCCGAAGCUUCCAACAAGGGAGGCCGCUUGGCUCUGUGAGCUCCGAGGCCCCUUCCGCCUGCGGGAGUCCGGGCGCGCCCGAGGGGGCCGCAGCCAGGCCGCCGAGCCCAUCCCCCACCGCGGCGGGCCUGUCAGGGGACUUGAUCUCCCUGCAACGAGGCUAAGGCCGUGCCUUGAUGCUAGAGGGGCGAGGGCCCGGGCAGUUCGAAUGGAACGGCGGCCGCCGGGCUGCUCGGAGCGGGCCGGGCAGAAGGGGGCUCCCGCGCCUCUACGGCCCCCUCCGCCCCGCAAACCACCCCGGGACCCUGAUCAGGCGAGCCAGGCCGCACGGACGAGGGCGCUGCCGGGCCCCACAGCAGGGAUCCCCGCGGCCUUUCCCGCCGCCCCACGCCCCCUACGGCCGCUCUACCCGGCAGCGCCCGGCCACGCGGCCCGGCGCGCGGGAGCCGGCUCCUCGCCGGCCUGGCCACCCGCCCCACUCCCGUUAGGCACGCAGCCCAUUGGGCAAGCCAGCGGGCCACCUCGCCCCUGA